AUGCCGCCGAAAACGAACGAAGAGGCAUACGAAGCCGCCAGCGAUCUCUUUGAUGUCGACCCCGAACAGGCAAUCGCAGCAGCGAAGUUAAACCUCCAAGUUGGCUACAUAUCAUGGUACUGGAUUAUCGAAAACGCACUCCUGAUUGCCUGCGCCGAGGGCGAAUGGAGGGAGGCAGAAUACUGGCGAUUGUUCGCAGAGGACAUGUACAGCAAAGCCAUGUUUAAGGCAAGAUACCAAAACGACCCGGCUUUGAUCGAGGUGCUAGCCGUGGUGCGCGAAGAGCUGGAUGAGGUUAAAGAAAAGCUCAUCGAUUCUCUUACUGGUAUGACUGAUGAAGAGAGAGCUGAGAUGGCACGCACAGACGAAGAUAAUGCGAAGAGCGAGGACGAAGAUGAGGAUGAGACUGAGGAGAAGCCUGUAAAUCCUCUUCUUGGCAUGAUUGAUCUAGAGAGAGAUGAGGUGGUGGAGAACGACAAUGGCGAAGAGAAAGCGCAGGAGAAGGAAGUUGCAGAGGAAAAUGAGGAGAAGGCUGAGAUUGGAGCUGUGGUUCAUGAACACAAGGACACACUCAAGCCUCCUCGUGCACUCCCGCUGCGGUCCAAGAGAGGCGCUGCCAACGCUCACGAGUUCACCAAAUCGCUGGGAAGGUCGAGCGGCAAGACGCCCCUCGCGUAA